GCAGCAGCAGGCCGGCCAUCAUUGGCAUGCCAGCAGUAGAAGGAGUAGCACUCGCCGUUGCCCCGCUCCCUGAGUUUCCCUACGCAGUGCCCGCUGGUAUAGUAGUGGGGGACUUGCUGCCCGCCAGGAUGCCCAACAUUAAGAUAUUCUCCGGCUCCUCGCAUCCCGACCUGGCCCAGAGGGUGGUGGACCGCCUGGGUAUCGAUCUGGGGAAGGUCGUCACCAAGAAGUUUUCGAAUUUAGAGACCUGUGUGGAAAUUGGGGAAAGCGUUCGAGGAGAGGAUGUUUACAUUGUACAAAGUGGCUGCGGUGAGAUUAAUGACAACCUCAUGGAAAUGCUGAUCAUGAUCAAUGCCUGCAAGAUUGCAUCAGCUGCUCGGGUUACAGCAGUCAUUCCUUGCUUCCCUUAUGCCAGACAGGACAAAAAAGACAAGUCUCGAGCUCCGAUAUCAGCCAAACUGGUAGCCAACAUGUUGUCGGUUGCCGGGGCUGACCACAUCAUCACAAUGGACCUACAUGCCUCUCAGAUUCAAGGCUUCUUUGACAUUCCUGUUGAUAACCUUUAUGCUGAACCUGCUGUGCUGAAAUGGAUCAGGGAAAAUAUUCCAGAGUGGAGAAAUGCAAUUAUUGUAUCACCAGAUGCUGGUGGAGCUAAGAGGGUGACGUCUAUAGCUGAUCGCCUUAACAUCGAGUUUGCCCUGAUUCACAAAGAAAGAAAAAAAGCCAAUGAAGUAGCAUCAAUGGUACUUGUUGGAGAUGUGAAGGAUCGCGUUGCUAUCUUGGUUGAUGACAUGGCUGACACCUGUGGAACAAUCUGCCAUGCAGCUGAAAAACUCAUGGAAGCUGGUGCCACCAAAACAUAUGCCAUCUUAACCCAUGGUAUUUUCUCUGGCCCAGCUGUUUCACGAAUCAAUAAUGCCUGCUUUGAAGCCGUGGUAGUGACAAACACUAUACCUCAAGAGCAGCAUAUGAAGGAUUCUAGUAAAAUUCAGCUUAUUGAUGUCUCAAUGACAUUUGCGGAGGCUCUGAGGAGAACUCACAACGGGGAAAGCAUCUCCUACCUUUCCAGCAAUGUGCCAUACCACUGACCGCCUCAUGCCUGCGUGAUGACAAGUUUUAUAUCAGCACCCAACUUAAGGAGCACAAUAAACACAUGAAACAGUGGACAGUAUUUCUACCAUGCAUGCAACUAUAAAGACAAUGGACUGGCACCUCGUCCAGCUGCUCCCCUAGGCACCCUUAGAGCAGAUGCUUAUCUAACUCGGGUUCAUCAGACUCCACCCAGCUGUCAGUCCACUUUUAAAAAGACACAGGUGUGCAUUACACCUCAAGGCUUCUCCUAAGACUAAUCUACUAACAAAACUUUUCAAAAUAUAUUUUUAUUACUCAAAUAAAUUUGUAUUUACAUUAGGCAUAAGAAAUUGCUGUGUGAGCAUCACAGUUGUUAAGAUGUAACUACACUUGCUUUCCCUAUGACACAAUUGUGCUGUGUAAAAAUUAUCUAUAAAUCUAUUUUGCUACAAAAUGUUUUACUUUAUAUGCUUUAAAAUUUAUAAAUGUCUAUCUCAGUAGUACAUACAUAUAUAUGUAUAUGACUAUGUGGAUGCUCAAACCUUCAGGUAGUUAUUUCAUAAUAAUGUUUUCAGGCAAAUUCUCGGAAACAGUUUUGCACUGAAUGUAUAUUUUGCUGCAGCCAUUUAUAUAUAUUCGCCUGCUAUCCAAUCUAGGUAGGCUACAUGUAUAUAUAUAUUGAUAAAAAACCUGAACAAUAAAUAUAAGAAAUUACAAA